CCACGUGAGUUUGCACGUGUUGUAAACAAACAUGGCGUUGAUUCCACUUGGUUUGAGGAAUCACAGGAAGCUCUUUGGCUUGGUGUCGCUAUACGUGAGGUCGUUCUCGGUUGGACAGCGAGAUGACGCUAAGCUUGGAGUCUUUCUGCAUAAAUUAAUUGAAAAAUCAAAGAGGAGGACCCCGCAGCAGUAUGUGUACAUGCCGCACAACUCCGUCGUGGCGUCAGCGCCGAGGAAGGUACAAGAACGAACUCGAAGACAGAAGGUCCUCAACACCAUUUUUAUGGAGAACAUAUCCAACAUAAUGGCCACAGGAGAAAUCGGCGACUCGUUAAAAGGCCUUGCAGUGGAGUUGACGGAGGUACGCAUCUCGCCAGACUGCACUUAUCUCAACGUUUAUUGGUCGACCUCACUCGAGGAACCGGGCAUCGAGCAGAAGAUUUCAGAUAGUCUCCGAGCAUGCACGGGCCCACUAAAAACAGAGCUCAUUAACUGCCAGUUCAUGGGGAGACCUCCAAAGAUCACUUUUGUCCGAGACCUAAGCCAUGGGAGGGCAGCAGCAACGGAGAGGCUCAUCGAGCAGGUGGCCAGGGAUCUGCCGGCCGACCUCGAGGAUUCAUCUUGCGAGUCUUCCGAUGGGGAGUUGUCCAAGUUGGACAGCAUGGUGGAGGAAGGCAAAGGUACGGAGAGCAGCUCGACUACCUCCCAGUCGGCAGCAGCGCCCGUCCCACCCGAGGGCAUGAAGACCAACGUCUACGGCCUGGACCGUGCCAUGCUCAUGCGGCAGGUGCUGCUCAAAAUGAAGAGGGCCAAGGGAGGACACCGCACCCCGGCAGAUGACCCUGUGUCCGAGGGGCACCUCUUGGACGAGGGGGUCAGCUCAGACAGCGACAGGCUCAGCGAGGCGAGUGCAGCGGGCAUUGCCGAGUUUGUGCACCAGAGGCGGCUCAAGAAGCAGCUGGCAGCCCGGGCCGAGAGGGAGGCCCCCCUGCAGGCCUUCCAAGGGGAGGAAGAGCAGGCGUCGGAUACAGCAGAGUUCCUUCCACACGAAACGGAGGACCAAUUUGACGAGGAGGAGAUCACAAAGGUGUCUUAUCUAGAGGACGAUGCAAAUGGGCGAACCUGAGGCAAAUGUCUUUCCGCAAAGAUUCUGACUUUUCCCGGUGAAUGCCGUCUGGCAAGCUGCAUUGACCAUCAUCAUGUCGUCUGGUGGUUCGUCCUGUCGUGCGAGUUUUUAAUUUUUUCUGCAUUUCCUCGGGGGCAAAAUAAAUUAAACCUGUUCUCCAACUUAUGAGGCUUGAAGGCUUGCCCAGCCUUGCAAUCUUUAGUCCACAAAUGUGCUAUUUCCCCGAAUAAAGUUGUACAAUAGCUAAA